AACUCCGAUCUCCCUCCCCUGCCGUCUGGUCGGAGCCUGGAGGCGCCGACCCGCCCUCGCUGAGAGAAGGGAGCCGAGCCGCGGGGAGAGGCCAGCGCCAGAGCGAGCGGCGGAGGCAGCCGGCUCCGGGUGCCGGGGAGUGGCAGGCCCUGCGCCCCGAUCUCUCUCCCGGGCCCCGCCACCCGAGGCCAGGGUUGGGCCUGGCCCCGCGCCCUUCGCCGAGUCCCUCCCACCCGCGCUCGCGCCCCGCCUGGAGUUGGCCCCAAACGCCGCGCCGGAGCUGGGCCGGCGGCGCGUCCCAGGGACCCAGCUGGGGCCUGGCCUGGGAGCCAGGAUGGCCAUGCACAAAGCGGUGCUGACGUGCCUUGGACUGCCUCUCUUCCUAUUCCCAGGGGCCCAGGCCCAGAACCAUGCCCCACCUGGCUGCGGCCCAGACCUCAACCCCCUCUAUUACAACCUGUGUGACCGCUCGGGGGCUUGGGGCAUCGUCUUGGAGGCUGUGGCGGGGGCGGGCAUCGUCACCACGUUUGUCCUCACCAUCAUCCUCGUGGCCAGCCUCCCCUUCGUGCAGGACACUAAGAAGCGGAGCCUGCUGGGGACGCAGGUGUUCUUCCUGCUGGGCACCCUGGGCCUCUUCUGCCUCGUCUUCGCCUGCGUGGUGAAGCCCGACUUCUCCACCUGUGCCUCUCGGCGCUUCCUCUUUGGGGUCCUGUUCGCCAUCUGCUUCUCUUGCCUGGUGGCCCACGUCUUUGCCCUCAACUUCCUGGUCCGGAAGAACCACGGGCCCCGGGGCUGGGUGAUCUUCCUUGUGGCCCUGCUGCUGAGCCUGGUGGAGGUGAUCAUCAACACCGAGUGGCUGAUCAUUACGCUGGUUCGGGGCGGGGGCGGCGAGGCCGGCCCUCUGGGCAACAGCAGCACGGGCGGGGCCGCUGCCUCCCCGUGCUCCAUCGCCAACAUGGACUUCGUCAUGGCGCUGAUCUACGUCAUGCUGCUGCUGCUCUGCGCCUUCACGGGGGCCUGGCCCGCCCUGUGCGGCCGCUUCAAGCGCUGGCGGAAGCACGGGGUCUUCGCGCUGCUCACCACGGCCACCUCCAUCGCCAUCUGGGUGGUGUGGAUUGUCAUGUACACCUACGGCAACCGGCAGCACCACAGCCCCACGUGGGAUGACCCCACGCUGGCCAUCGCCCUCGCCGCCAACGCCUGGGCCUUUGUCCUCUUCUACGUCAUCCCUGAGGUCUCCCAGGUGACCAAGGCCAGCCCGGAGCAGAGCUAUCAGGGGGACCUGUACCCCACCCGGGGCGUGGGCUACGAGACCAUCCUGAAAGAGCAGAAGGGCCAGAGCAUGUUUGUGGAAAACAAGGCAUUUUCCAUGGACGAGCCAGCCUCAGCUAAGAGACCGGUGUCACCGUAUAGUGGCUACAACGGGCAGCUGCUGACCAGCGUGUACCAGCCCACCGAGAUGGCCCUGAUGCACAAAGGCCCGUCCGAAGCUUACGACGUCAUCCUCCCACGGGCCACCGCCAACAGCCAGGUGACGGGCAGUGCCAACUCCACCCUGCGGGCCGAAGACAUCUAUGCAGCCCAGAGCCACCAGGAGGCCACGCUGCCGAAGGAAGGCAAGAACUCUCAGGUCUUUAGAAACCCCUACGUGUGGGACUGAGUCGGCACCAGGAGGAGGCGGGCAGAUCUGGGGGCCUGGCCCCGGGCGAGGGUCUUCCCCGGAGCCCGCGUCUCCCCCGCCCUCCUCGCUGGCUCAGGGCAGGUCGUGGGCCUCGGCCGGGGGGCCCUCCCCGUCCGCCAGUGUUCGGAGGGGCGUCCCGGUGCCCCCACGCACCCAUCGUUUGUGGAGUCCAGGAGCCAGCUCCGGCUUCGUGUCAGGGUCACCUCCGGCGCCCACGCUCCAGCCAAACAGUGUUCUUCUCGGGGAGGCGGCCGGUCAGCACCUACGUCCUCUGGAGUCUUCGGAGAGAUUCCUGCAACCUCGAGAGAUGCCGCAGGGCUUCUGUCCUGGGUCCUGCUCCUCUGUGAGGAGCCAGGUGUCUAAUAAACACCUUUCUGCUGUAU